CUUUCAAGGUAUUUUAAUCCAACACGUUGAGUAAAAACAAUUUUUCAAUUAACAUAAAACCGAAUAAUGAAUUUUUCAUACGUCGAAUUUCCCUGCACAAUCUCUUUGAACGCAUUUAAAGCUAACUUCAGUGCGGGCGACGUGAUACUACCGCGACUGCAUGACAAAUCCCUGGAUGUCAGCGCUGGCCAGCACACAAGAGAUAACGACGGUGGCAGGCAACAGCAGCAACCAAAUCAACCGGAAUCGCUGCGUCAUUUGGCACUCGAUGUCAUCAUUGCCAAUUGGAAUGACAAUCCCAUCUUCGAGGCGUUGACGCGACAGGAGGAUCGCAACUACAUACUUGCCCACCUGGAUACACAGUUGCCGCUUAAGUUGCUCAGCGAACGCAUACGUGACGAUUUCUUUUGGCGCCGUUGUUGUCAGCAACGCUGGAAGCCACACCACCACUCGAAUGGCCUGUCACAGCCGCAGCCCUGGAUUAGCAUCUACAUGCAGCGACAUCUGCAGGAGUUCAUCGAGCGCGUGGAGACGUGCGACUACGACCGGGAGCAAGUGCAGGCGAUAUUGAACAUUUGUGCGCCAUAUGUAAAUCAAAUGGAGAUAAAAUAUUUGAAACCGGCCGCCGAUGGACGUAACGAUCACAUUCCACUCGAUUUCGUAUUGAGCAACUUGCCCGAAUUGCAAACGCUACGCUUGACUUACGCCACCAAGACGGUGGGCAGUAGCUUUUGUCUGGGCAGCAAUACGCUUUCACAGAAAGACAUAGUAACGCUGUCACGUGGUUUGAGUCAGUGUCAUGAGUUAGUGACAUUCUGCCUUCAUAGCACUAAGCUCGAAUCUUAUCAACUACCAUUUCUGGCGCGUGCUUUGGACAAGGGUUGUCACAAGCUUACCUCCUUGUCCAUAAUUCAUUGCUCAAUGCGCGAUGCGGGGAUUAAAGGAUUUCUGAGCGCAUGCAAUAAGGAAUCAUUUAACCUGCUGGAAGUCCUCGAUUUAACUGAUAAUCGAAUAACCUCCGAAGGCGCUUACGUACUUAGUCGCACCAUGAAAGGAGUCUCAUUGCGUAAGCUAAUUCUACGCAUGAAUCCUAUACAGAGUGAUGGUGUCGCCGCAAUAUUUUCACUUUUGUGUGACUUACCCGUGGAGACACUAGACAUCAGUGGCUGUUCAAUUUGUCAAUCCAUCACAAAGCUAUUUAUGCAGCUAAUCAUAAAAAAUAAGGCUUUGGUGAGCAUUGAUAUAUCAAAUAAUGAUCUAGGCGAGGAAUUCGGCAAGCAACUCUACAAGAUCAUAGGCUUCAAUAAAGUUCUACAGCGUUUGGAUUUGCGCAACACUGGACUAAGCUUGGAAUUGAGAAAUCAAAUAAAAGAGGUUCUAGAAGGCAACAAAGUGAAAACUAAAUCGUAUCUGAAAACUAUUUUAAUAAAUAAGCAAUAA